AUGACAUCUUUCCGCUUCCUCGAUCUGCCCCGCGAGAUUCGCGACAAGAUAUAUGGCAUCCUGCUGUGCACAUUCCCGCGUCCCGAGUCUAUCACGCACGGCACAAUGCUGUCUAAGAAAGACUUUAGUCCAAGUAUCCUACGCGCUAACAAGCAAAUCUACGACGAAAGUUACGACGCUAUGAUCAAGGGGAAUCGGUUUCUGCUCGUGUCUUCGACUGGCGGUCUACAUUUCGCCUACAUGCUCAAGGCCAACUCCGUGCCAACGCUAGCUUUCGACUUGGACAAUGGCACCAAGACGAAGAAAAAGAGCGGGAACAAAGUCAUUAAGCCCAUCACCCAACGUUUCCGGGGCUACGCCAUGCAUAUCACCAUAGGAAACAGCAACCCUCGAUGGAGGAAGGAGUUGCCACCUUCAGAGCUGUUGGAGCCUUGCAACGUUAUCAUGCUGUUUCGAGACGUCAAGCUCCUCUGCGAGGCUAUCAAAGGAGGUGAUAAUCGCUUGGAAGACUACAAAAGUCUCGUAACUUUGAGUUUCGAACUCGCACCGGUGCUCAAGCGUCCACCGUGCCAACUCGAAGGCCCAACAGCUUACUUCUCUACUACCAAGAUCCAGGUAGAGCUAUUAGAGCCUUUCCGCUAG